UGAAACGAAACUAAACGAAGACACACGUUUUCACUGUAACUUUGACUUGCUCUCUAUUUUCUCUGAGCUGCUGUCACGAAGUGCAGACAUGGCUACUGCCAGCAGUCUGCUGUCAGAGGAGAGGUUCCUGUGCUCCAUUUGUCUGGACGUCUUUACCCAGCCAGUGUCAACGCCGUGUGGACACAACUUCUGCACUGCUUGUAUCCACACGUAUUGGGACAGUAACGCCAUUUGCCAGUGUCCAUUCUGCAAAACAACAUUUUCUUCAAGACCUGAACUCCGCGUCAACACAGUCAUGUCUGAACUAGCUGCUGAGUUUGAAAAGAUGGUUCAAGUCAAAUCCUCUGCUCCGAAGCCACAGAUUCCACAGUUCCAUGUUGUUCCAUGUGAUAUCUGCUCUGAUGUGAAAGAGAAGGCUGUUAAGUCUUGUCUGAUGUGCCUGAUGUCUUUCUGUCAAGUCCAUCUUGAGCCUCAUCACAGAGUUCCAGUUCUUAAAAGCCACAAACUAAUUGAUCCUGUGAGUGAUCUUGAUGACAGGAUGUGCAAAAAACACAGCAAGGUAACAGAACUGUACUGUAGGACUGACCAAGCUUGUGUUUGUGUCUCAUGUUUCAAAACCAACCACAAGAGUCAUGAUAUUGUCUCUCUAGAGGAAGAAUAUGAAUCAGCGAUAGUCAAAAAAGAUGCAGUGAAGACAGAUAUCCAAAAGAUGAUACAAUCACGAUCUGAUAAGAUAGAUGAGCUUGAAAAGUCCAUUGACAUCGGUCAGAAAGAAGCUGAGAAAGAGAAAGAAGCCUGUGUUCAGGUGUUCUCUGACCUCAUCUCCUCUAUUCAGAGAAGCCAGGCUGAGAUUGUUGAGGUGAUUGAUGAGAGGAACAGAGCAAUGAAGGAAAAGGCUGAAGGGUUUCUCAAAGAACUGAGGAUGGAAGUGGCUGAGCUUCAAAGAAGAAGCAGUCAGUUGGAGCAUCUGUCGCAGUCUGAGGAUCAUCACAGUUUUCUCCAGAACUUCCCAACCUUGUCCUCUCCUCUAGAGAAGGACUGGACCAAUGUUGUUGUUCAGACUAACAUGUCUUUUGGGGAAGUGAGGAGGGCUCUGGCUGAGGUGAAACUCACAGCUAAUGAAAUUAUGCAAAAUAUUCCUGAGAUCAAAAUGAAAAGAAUGAGAGAACAUGCAGUGGAUUUGACUCUUGACCCAGACACAGCAUACUGCUCACUGGUCAUAAGUGAAGAUGGAAAACAGGUGUCUACAGGAGAUGGACAAAAUCUUCCCAACAAUCCAAAGAGAUUUGAGAUGUAUCUUGAAGUUCUGGCAAAGGAGGGCUUCACAGGAGGGAAGUUUUAUUAUGAGGUUCAGGUUAAAAAAAAGACACAGUGGAUUGUUGGAAUAGUCAGAGAGUCUCUAGAUAGAAAAGGAAACACAGAUCUAUCAAUUUCAGAUGGUUACUGGAUCUUUGGGUUAGAGGAGAGUGUAUAUUUUGCAUCUGAAAAUUCAAAAGUUGAAGUCAAAAUGAAAGAGAAGCUUCAAACAGUCGGCAUCUUCGUGGACUACGAUGAAGGAUUGGUUUCUUUCUAUAAUGUGGAUUCUGGAUUGCACAUCUACUCUUACAUAGGCCAACGCUUUACAGAGAAACUAUUUCCAUACUUCUGCCCUCAAGGCAGCAACAAUGGAUUAAACUCUGCCCCUCUCAUCAUAACACCUGUACCUCAAACUGACUAAAUAUUACUUUCGUCCUCUAGAGGUCACAAAGAAAUGGAAACUCAUCUUGGUUACUACUUUCAGCAAAAGUUUUGAAAUGUCAUUUAAGUAAUACAAUUUCCUUAUUUUUUCAUGGAUAGACAUUAGGGGUUUAUCAAUACCACAUUUAGGCGGUUGACUCAAGACUUAAGAAACUUGUAGGAGACAUAGUAAAAGUGCCUGAACGCCCUAACAUUGCAUCAUCAGUGGUUUUUCUUGUAUAAUGUACUGUAAUGUAAAUGUUUUUAUCAUUCCAAUGACGUGCAGAAAUAUUGUCAAAUCCUGUUGUAUUACACAGCUUUAAGCUAUCAGUAUUGCAAUGUAGUUCAAAUUUACUAAGAUAUGUUAUUGCUUUUAUAUGCACAUAGGAAUCAUUGGGAGAGGUUUUCGUCUCUAAAGUGUGAUCAAAUGAUUUCUGAUAACAAUGCAGUCAAUGACCUGUUUACAAUGAACAGAAAAGGGAUUUUACUGGAAGAAAAGACACACACUUGUAAAUUCUGCUUUGUUGUUUUUUUAGGUGCUUUACUUUUAAUGUGUCACAUGAAUAAACUAAUCCUGACUGGUUUUCUUAUAA